AUGCUGUCCCCUUCCUGCACGAUGGCAUGCUCGAGAACCUGUUCCCGCAUCCUGGGGCUGAGCCUGGGGACUGCAGCCCUGUUUGCUGCUGGGGCCAAUGUGGCACUCCUCUUUCCUAAUUGGGAUGUGACCUAUCUGCUGAGGGGUCUCAUUGGCAGGCAUGCCAUGCUGGGCUCUGGGCUUUGGGGAGGAGGUCUCAUGGUACUCACUGCAGCUACACUCAUCUCUGUGAUGGGAUGGAGAUAUUGCUGUUUCAGUAAAAGUGUACCCUGUCUAAGUUUGCUCACUGCUCUGUUUUCAAGUGGCCUGGCUUUGCUUGGAGCCUUGAUUUGCUUUAUCACUUCUGGAGUAGCCCUGAAAGAUGGUCCUUUUUGCAUGUUUGACGUCUCAUUCUUCAAUCAGACACAAGCUUGGAAAUAUGGCUACCCAUUCAAAGACAUGCAUAACAGGAAUUAUUUAUAUGACCAUUCUCUCUGGAACUCUGUCUGUCGGGAGCCCUCUAAAGCUGUCGUUUGGCACGUGUCCUUCUUCUCCACACUUCUGUGCAUCAGCCUCUUCCAGCUUCUCCUGGUGGUCAUUCAUUUCAUCAACAGCUUCCUUGGCCUGUUUUGCAGCCUGUGUGAGAAGUGACAGGAACUUCAGACUGAUGUUAUUUGUACAACCUGAUAGAGCUUCAAAGGACAAUGUCUUCAACCUCUGCCUUGGCUGAGCCAAUCAUCCUCUUCUUCAGUUGUGCAUAUGCAGGGUGGAUCUUCCUACAUCUGGGUGCUGACACUCCCAGAGCUUCUGAGAUCAAGAUCAAAGAUGGGAAUUUGGAGGAGGUGGAGCUAAUGGAUACUUCUGUGAUUCUUUUUUUUUUCUUUUUUUCAGUUGUAGAUGGACACAAUACCUUUAUUUUAUUUAUUUAUUUUUAUGUGGUGCUGAGGAUCAAAUCCUCAGUGCUGAGGAUCAAAUCCAGUGUCUCUCACGCUAGGCAAGUACUCUACCACUGAGCUACAACUCCAACACCUACUUCUGCAAUUCUGAAGUGCAAUCCCACUGUGUGGCCCUGAUAGUUCACU